AACGGCAGGAUGCAGCACACGUGUGAGGGGGAGGCAGUGCCAGGGAUACAGUAGAGAGAGGGAGGGAGAGAGAGAGAGAGAGAGACAGAUGUGCCUGCCAAUACAAAUGUAUCUCUUCCGCUCUGAUUAACUGACAACAUAAUAACACAGGUCGAUAUACCCUUCCUCUCUCCCUCUCUCUCUCCUUCUCUCUCUGUUAAUCUCCUUCCCAUCUCUACCUCUCUCCACCACACAAACAUAAACUCGCUGCAGCCUUCAGCUUGUAUGCGUCCCUCCUCGCGCCAGCGGGUAGCCGCCUGGCUUCUCGCGCUGCCGCUGGGGAGAGGUGGAGAGGAAUGCGCGCGCCGCGGCCGCCUGGAGAUGAUCUCGUUUUGGCUCCUGUGCUGGAAGCUGUUGAGAGCCACAGCUGGUCUCAGGAGGACAAUACCUGAGCUAACCGAUGGUAAGCACGACAACAGUAACUCUGGCAACAACAACCUUGUGGACAACUCUUCCACUCCCACACAGCCAACGGAUCCAGUAACCAUGGAGAUGAGCUCAUCUCCGCCACUAACAGACCUGGACAGAGGCAACUUAUUUAGCUGCCACAGCCAUGAAGUGGAGGAACUUCAGUACCCAGAAGUCCAUGGGGUGGAGGAAGCUGCAGUGGGAGAAAAUGGAAAAAGAAAUGGAGAUGAGUGUGACUAUCUUGUUUUUGAGAUAGGAGGGCAGAAGGGAAAAGAGAGAGGACAUGAAAUUGAAGGGGGACAAGACACAGAGAAAGGAAGAGAGGAGGGAGAAGACAGAGGACGAGGAGAGACAGAGGGACAGGAUGAAAGGAGGGACCCGGCAGAGCAGGCAGUAUCAGCCACGUUACAGGAAGCUGGGGUUCAUAGCCUCGGCAACAGGGACGACCUUAGUGACGGUCACCUUAGCGACUGCCUCCAGGCUGAGUUGGCUAUUGUGUACUCGGACAGUGAGGCUGGAGAGGACCAGUGGGCAGCUUUCACAGUAUCUGAUGCCACCAACCAGGAGGAAGCAGAUCUCUUCCUGCGGUCCCCUUCUGUCAGCUCCACAGCCAGCUCCACAGCUCCUGACCGGAGGGAGACCCUCAGUGCAAAUGUCUCCACUGAGCAUGUUGACUUCCUGUUGGCCCGCCAGCAGUGGAAAAAGAUGGAGCAGGAGGUAAAAGGACAGCCCAUCCCCAAACCAGGGCUCACAGCUCAGGGGAGCUUUCAGGGCACCCACACUUCACUGUACCCCCCAACUCGCAGCCCCCGCCUCAAACACAGGGAAAUCCAUCCAGCAGUGCCCAGGGAGACCCCCCUGUCCUGCAACCUGUCCCCCAGUUCUGAGGACUCAGGCUUGGAUGAAUUAGCAUACCGCAGCCCCCAGGAGGAGCCAGAAAGUGCUGUGGAAAGAGAGAUCCGACUGACUCUGGAGAGAGAAGAAAGGCACCGCAGGGAGAGGGGCAUGAUUACACAGGGCCUGACUCUGCCCAGACCACCCACCCUACAGACAGGACGAUCACCGCCCCGACCUCCAGCCAGCCGCACUCCUACUCUGUCCAUAUCUCCUUCUCCUUCUGGCUCAUCUGCCCUUCCCCGACCUGUCUACCAUGAAAUGACAGCCAACAACGUCAUCAUCCUUGAGCCCGACUCCUCCAGUUCUGCCUCCAGGAACCGGCCACGGUCCUCCGCAAUCGGGGGACUCUCUGAUUGGCCUACUAGCCUGGAUGCUGUGCCUUCUGCCAACAUUAUUGUUGUGGAAACCUCCAAUCUGAUCAUUCGUAGUGCUUCCGAGUUCUGCCUAAGCUCGGCCCCCAUGGCCAUGGAAACGCAGGAGAGCACUUUCUCAUCCAAUCCAUUUUUUAAGCUGCGCUCUCUUAGUAGCCAAUCACUGGUAGAGCAGGAGAUCAGGCUGGUGAGGCAGAGGGAGGAGGAGUGGAGGAGGCAGAGGGAGGAGAUGUGGAGGAGGAGCAGAGAGGAGGAGUGGAGGAGAGGGAGAGAGAGGUACGAUACUGUGCUGGUGUCUCCAGGCCUGAAUGAUAACAUCACUUACGAUGUGCCAGUGGUCCCAGACAGAUGUGUCUCCUCUCCUUCAUCCCCCUCCAGGACCCGCAAAAUGGAACGAUCCAGUUUGUCUUGUGACCACAAGUUCCCUCCUUCGCUCUCUUCGGUACCUCGACGACAGAAUGCCAUGGCACAGCGAUGGGAAGCCUCGUUACUAGCCAAUCAGAAGAAGGAGUGAGCAGUGUAACACUCACCUGUCAGCCAUUUAAAAGCCAAAAUGAAGUCCCACCCACCGGUUGCUCCCGUACUUUGUCCAGAAAAGUCACACAGCCCUGUCUUUAAAGUUAUUAUUUUGGG